AUGGCCUUUCUCUUCAAGUCCAAAAAGAACCAGGCUGCCUCCGCCCUGCCUCCCGCGAGCAGGAACAUACCUACUUCAGAGGCCACAGCGCCAGAGAAGCCAGCUGCGCUUAAUGGCGCUGUACCGCGAGAUGGCAGCAGGAUUCAGUCUCCGCCGCCCAGUGGCAGUCUCACCAAUUCGUUGAACUCGGUCGCUGGCACAAGCAGCCCAGAUCCGCUCAAAAUGCGACAGCGAGCAGAAUCCGAGUCACUGAGAUCGCAGUCGGUAACUAAUCAGAGCUCCCCCACGACGAGUAGCCCAGGUCAAUCCCAAUAUCCUUGGUCUAGACGACGUCUGAACUUUCCUACGCCUCAAGCCAACCCGUUUCCUCGUUAUGGGACUGCUAUAAACGCUGUCGCUUCAAAGGAAGGCGACAUCUAUAUGAUGGGUGGCCUCGUCGAAGGUGCAACCGUCAAAGGAGACUUGUGGAUGGUGGAAAGCAGCGGCGGGAAUCUGUCAUGCUUUCCCAUCCCGACCGUUUCGGAAGGCCCGGGUCCUCGAGUCGGUCACGCCAGUCUUUUGGUGGGAAACGCCUUUAUAGUUUUCGGCGGUGAUACCAAGGUAGAUGAGACUGAUGUCCUGGACGAUACUCUGUAUCUGCUGAAUACAUCAUCUCGACAAUGGUCUCGUGCCAUUCCUCCGGGAACAAGACCAUCAGGUCGAUACGGACAUACCUUGAACAUCCUUGGCUCGAGACUCUAUGUCUUUGGAGGACAAGUUGAAGGGUUCUUUUUCAACGAUCUCGCUGCCUUCGACCUGAAUGCCUUACAAAGCCCUACGAACAAGUGGGAGUUUUUGAUCCGGAACACACAUGAAGGCGGCCCGCCUGCUGGCCAGAUACCUCUUGCCCGCACAAACCACACAAUCAUCACCUAUAAUGACAAUCUAUACCUAUUUGGUGGCACGAACGGAGUGACUUGGUUCAAUGAUGUUUGGUCAUACGAUCCCCGGACUAACCAAUGGACCGAAUUAGAAUGCAACGGUUUCAUCCCCUCACCACGGGAGGGUCACGCCGCAACAGUGGUUGGUGACACUAUGUAUGUAUUUGGUGGUCGCAAUGAUGAAGGCUUGGAUCUCGGAGAUAUUGCUGCCUUUCGAAUUGGGACUCGGAGGUGGUUUUACUUCCAGAAUAUGGGACAAGCACCCUCACCGAGAUCAGGGCACAGUAUGACAGCGUUUGGAAAGCAAAUCAUCAUCUUGGCAGGUGAACCGAGCUCGGGGCCGAGAGAUGCAGCCGAACUCAGCAUGGCAUACAUUCUAGACACAUCCAAAAUUCGCUAUCCGACUGACGAAAAAGCGGCGGGUGAGGGUCGAAAAAUGAGCAAUGAUAAGUCUGCCACACCGGUGGAUCGCAUUCUCCGAGAUGGGCAAGGCACGCCCGUUGACCAAGCUCGCCGGAUCGCUCCUCCUUCUCGAGAAAGCACACCCGUUUCCGCAUCAAGACCGCAAUCGGACUAUCCUCAGGGCUCUGCAGCUGCCGGUUCAAGACUGCCACGAGCUUCGAUAGCUCAAGCACCAGGUCCUCCUCCCCCGGGUCAGGCACCGACCCCCACUCCGCGAGCCAAUGGCCAAACUUCACAGUUCAGGAGUAAGACGCCUACAAAACAGAACCCACAGAUAGACACGACUCGUGCCAACGAAAUGCAAUCUCCAAGUUUAAAGGAUUCGCCCCAGGACGCUCCCCGGCCUUCCGGGGAGAUAAGCCCGGUAUCUGGAGGUCGUCGGACUCCUAACGCAACCCAACCACCUUCGAAAUUGGCUGCAAAGGCUAUGGAAGCGGGCGAAGCCACGCCUCUGAUGAGUGCCCCAACUAGGCAGCGGUCGCUCCAAAAACAGCGCCAACGAGCCUCGAUGGACAGCACUGAUGAAUUGGUCCUAGGAAAGCACGCUAGCGCGGAUGGUUCCACUGAGGCUCGCAGCUUCAGAAACUCUCGUAUUUUUGCCGAUGAGCCACGAUCACCCAAACUCACCCCUCAUCAAGAAGCCCUCUUCAAGGAGCUCGAAGCGGCACGAAAUCGCAACGCCUGGUAUGCAUCGGAAUUGGCUCUAGCCCGCAAGGCUGGAUACGUUCCCAAUCCUUCCAGCACUACAGUGCUUGAUGAGCGUGCUACGGAUUCCUUCACAGAUGAAGAUCGACCCUUGAUCGAGGCCUUCCUUUCAAUGAGAGCAGAGCUCGCUAAAAUGCAGGCGACAGUCGAUCGGCAAGCUGCUAUCGCUUCUAAGCGAGUAGCUGAAGUGGAACAUCAACGCGAUGCGGCUGUUAGCGAGGCCGCGUAUGCGCGUGCUAAACUGGCUGCGCAUGGAGGCAGCCAACGAAGCUCUCCAUUACCCGAGGGAACAUCUCUCAGUCCUGAUGAAGCCACAUCUGGACGAAUGACCGAUCUAAGCAGAAGAUUGGCUCUCGCUCUCGCCUCACAAGCAGAACUAAAGGCCAGACUAGAGGGAACGACCAUUGAUUUAGAGCAAGAAAAACAAGGUAGAGAGCUAGCGGAAGAGACAAAUGAAGCAACUCGGAAGCGGCUGGCAGAAUUGGAGAUGCAAAACCACUCUCUAGAACUUGAAAGCCUUCGAGCUGAACUACAUCAAAUCCAAGCCCAUGCAAGAGAAGAAUCAGCCCUCCGCUCCGAGGCUGAAGCCAAUUUCGCCAAAGUCAAUUUUGACAAAGAAGAGCUGGUUCAAAAGCUGGAGGAGGCCUCAACACGCCUCAAGGAUCACGGUGGAAAUAUGGGAUCGCUUCGUGAGGCUGUUUCGGCCUCGGCGGAGAAGGCCUCCUUGAUGGAAAGACAUCUUGAAGAAGAGCGUGAGCGUCGAGAAGGACUGGAGCGCAAACUUUUGCAGCUAAGAGCCGAUCACGAAGAACGAACCGCAGAACUGGAGACGGCCAGUCGUAGGCUCAAGGAUGCCGAGGAGCUAGCAGAGACUCAUGCGCGCGAGGCAGAGAGCCAUAAACUAGCCUUCAUUUCUGGCCUUGAUCGUGCAUCUUCCUUUGAUUCAGAGAGCUCGAUGAGAUCAAUUACAGACCAGCGCGUGGUGUCUCUACAAUCUCAACUUGAUAAAGCUCAUGAACUUGCCAAAGUCAACCAGGCUGCUGCUGAUGACGCUGCCGAAAAGUUGAGGAGGGCAGAGGAACGCAUCGCAGGCCUGGAAGCAUACCAGGAGCAAGUGAGUCGUGAAGGCCUUCAACUUCGCAGGCAACUUCAGACUGCUCUCAGAGACAGUCAAUCGACUGCGACGGAGAACAAGGACCUCAAGUCACAACUUGAAAGCCAGCAGCGUGACACCAGUGCCUUGGCCAUUCAACACGGAGCUCUCAAAGAUCUUCUCGGCGAAAGAGGGGUUCAAGCGACAGACACCCGACGAUCACCACUACUGGACUCACCAGGCUCGCGUUUUGGGACUCCCGAGCAGACUCGUCUCCGUGAACUAGAACAGCAACUUCAGGCCAGCCUGAAGGCCCACGAUGAGACCAAGGUUUCUUUUGAGUCGCGUGAACAAGAAGCCGAUCGUGCGUAUCGAGAAAAGUUGGAGCAGCUUGAGAACGAUUAUCAAUCGGCUGUUCACUAUGUAAAGGGAACGGAGAAGAUGCUGAAACGAAUGAAGGAUGAAGUAGACAAGUACCGUGUCUACACCAACAAGCUACAAGGUGAACUGGAGACCGCGCAAAAGGCUCUUGAGCAGUCUGCCGGCUCUAAGUCCUCUGCCGAGUGGGAAAGCGAACGUGAUGAGCUGCAGAAGUCACUUUCUGACCUUGAGAGCAAUAUGAGUUCCUCAAUCGCCAGCCUCGAAAGCCAAAUUUCUCAGCUGAAAGAAGAUCUUAGUGCAGCCGAGACCUCACGUGAUAGUUCCCAAUCUGCACACGAAGAGGCCAAGCGAGAACUCAUUGCCGCAGCAGAAAGAACUCGUGGAGAACUCGAGCAGCUGAAGCAAGAAAAUUCUCUUUUGGAGUCUCGGGCUGUGCAUGCCGAACAGAAGGUCUCAAUGCUUCUCGACCAGAUGGUCACUUCAGUCGAUAACCAUCGACGUCAAUCACAACAUGGCCAAAACCUCAACCCGAUUUCUCGAAGUCACAGUACUGCAUCUACAGCGACAAUCAGCGGUCGUCCGCGAGGCGACAGCAACAUCUCCCGUGACGACUCGUUUCUAAACAAUCGGAGUUCGAUGGCCUUAGAUUCGCUUGCCAGUGAGCUAGAUGCUCUCCGCAACCAUUGGGAGAGCAACAAUCGUAAUAACCAUCGAUUGAGCUCCACUUUCGAUCUCGACCAGACCCCAACUAAGGAAACGCAUGAUGGAACCGACUUGAGCGAAAGCGUGACCAACUGGAGACGUCGGCUGGAGGAAGAAGAGAUUCGCAACAGCAGUCUCAAUGCCGACAGAGCCGAGUCUGGCAGCAACAUGAUCUGA